GAACGCAUAUCGAAUGCUCAACGCAACUACUUGUAUAUAGGCAGACAGACAGACAGACGGGCAGACAGAGAGACAGCCAGACAGAUAGAUAAGCGGAAUUGAACGAUCGAUCGAGCGGAGACGACAUUGACAUUCAGGGCGACGUCAUAAAGUGUGGCGCUAAUUGAUGCCAAUAUUUGUGAGGCCCCUGCCUCCCCCGCCCACCCACCAUCACCAUCACAGUUGUGACGACAACUGGAGGCCAAGCACGCGGGGUCAAGUGCUCGCAAUUGAAUGUGUCAGAAAAUGAACCGUUUGGGGCAGCAGCUGUUGCUCUUGCUGUUGCUGUUGUUGUUGUUCUUUCUGGUACUCGUGCCCUCAGCGAGGGCAGCUGUUUGCGGUUCCAUGGACCUGCAGCGGCCUGAGGACUUCGCCAAGCUGCGUAACUGCAGCUUCGUCGAGGGCCAUGUGCGCAUCGCGAAUAUCGAGGUGCCGGCCAAUGGGAACCUCACAGAGCUGCGCUCCGAGUUGCUCGAGAUUCGCGAUUACCUCAUGAUAUAUCGCCUCAAUGGAUUGCUCACGCUGCAGAGCCUCUUUCCGCGUCUACGCCUCAUUCGCGGCGAAUCUUUAUUGUUCGAUCAGUACGCCCUCGCCAUAUACCAGAAUCGGAAUUUGCGCGAACUCGGCUUCGUCCAGCUUCGGCGUAUCCAGCGCGGCGACAUUCGCAUCGAAAGCAAUCCCCGGCUCUGCUUUGUGGAGACCGUCGAUUGGGUGUACCUGCUGGCAAAUACCACGCAGCAGCAUUAUUCGAUCAAGCAUAACAUCUCCCCCAAUCUGUGUCCUGUUUGUGACGGUCUAUCGGCGGACUAUGGAUAUCGUCAGAAUACAACGCAGAGCUGCUGGAACUUGAACUCUUCCCAGCUCCGAUAUACGCCGCCCCGCACCUCUGAUUGCCCAACCGAGUGUGGACUGACUGGCUGCGAUGUGGCAGGCAAGUGUUGCAACUCCAAUUGCCUCACUGGAUGCUCGGCAGAGAACUGCAAGCUGUGCGCCAAUCUCUAUCAUAAUGGCAGCUGUGUGGAUCAGUGUGUGGACAGCUAUAGAUAUCGUAGCGAGUGCGUAUCGUUUAAGGAAUGCCGCGAUUUGGGCAACAUACCACUGGCCCGGGGCAAUAGAUGUUUGAAGGAAUGUCCAAACAAGGAGCCACCCAAGCAGGGCAUCAAUGGAACGCUCCAUUGCGAGAUGGCAUGUCGGGGCACUUUUUAUGUGAGACGCGCCUCGGACUUAUGGCCCCUGCAGGACUGCAUCGCCAUUAAUGGUUCACUGAUUAUUGAAUUGGUCGACAUUAAGGAGAAAAUUAUACCGGUGCUUGAGCAGACAUUGAGCGACAUCAAGGAAAUAACGGGUUAUCUGAAGAUUCAACGAUCGGCGCAGCUGCUGAGUUUGACAUUUUUCAAGAACCUGGACACUAUACGUGGUGAUGUGUUAAUUCAAAACAAAUAUGCUUUCUAUGUUGUGGAUAAUCAUCAUUUGGAACACAUCUGGCCCUCAAAUCGUCAGGUCGCCAUACAGAAAGGCUCGAUUUUCUUUCAUUUGAAUCCGCGUCUGUGCUACGAAAAGAUUCUGAAGCUGGAGCCCAUGCUGAAGGGCGCUCAGAAGAUCUCUAUUGCCGAUGUCUCGCCCAAUUCCAAUGGGGAGCGCAUCAUUUGCGGAAAGGCGGUGCGUACCCUGGAGGCCACCAUAGAGGAUUUGAAUUCCACAGCCGUGCGUAUUGCCGUCAGUCUGAUGAGUUGGGAGGACAUUGAAACCCUGAUAGGCUAUUCCUAUCAUUAUAUGGAGUCGCCGCACCGUAAUGUGACGCGUUUCGAUGGACGACACGGUUGUGGACAUGACAAUUGGCUUAUGGAUGUCUCUCCGACCAAGAAUCGGCGACAUGUGAUUACUGGACUCAGACCCUAUACACAGUAUGCGUUCUUUGUGAAGACACUGACGCGCACCGACUACCACAUGCAAAUCGACGCCUAUUCGGACAUACUCUAUUUUCGCACACUGCCCAGCAAGCCGAGUCCUGUUGCCCAUCUCUACUGCACCUCCCAGCUGAGCACAAAAGUUCUUUUGAAUUGGUGGCCACCUCGUCGUCCCAAUGGGGCCAUCUCCAAAUACAUGAUCAGCUCUGUGUGGCUGAAUGUGUCGAAGGCGGAGGCGAACAGCAAGAACUACUUCAGCUUCAAGCCCGCCAAAUACAGUGAGUGUCUGUGCAACGAUUUGGAGCCCUACAAUUCGGGUCCUCAGCCGGAGGAUGAGAACUAUUACAACAAGGAGCAGAUUACCUAUGAGGAUGCUUUGCCGAACCUUAUUUAUGUUUCACGCAACAGCAAUAACAGCAAAAACGAAAAGUUUCACAAGGUUAAGGAUUUUGCGGACCUUAUAGCUGACCCCAAAGUAUCGUUGAAUGAUAGUGUUAAUGACGUCAGCACUACGACGCCAGCGCCGCUAUCUAAAAAUGACACCACAGGCGAAAGGAAUCAAACAUCCGAGGAGCAAAGCGAAAGCCAACUCGAAGCCAAGGCCGCCCAGCAAUACGAACUCUAUCGGCUGCAGGUGGAGCAGCGGGUGCGUCUGGCACAGGAUACCGGCAUCGAGGACUUUGUUAUUUCGAAACCGGCGCCCCCUUGUGCGGAUGUCCAUGCCUCGGUGAGUCAGCAGCUUGAGGGGAAAUGCGUGGUGGCCGAAGAAUUGGAGGGCAUUGAGGUGUCGGGCAGCCAGCACUACUACUGGCUAGAGGGGCUAAAGCCCGAGCAGGUCUAUCGCAUCAGCAUACGGGCCUGCGUGAAGGACGUCGUGAACGGCUGUUCAAAGCCCUUCGAGAUUCGUACCCAGACCACAAGUCGCACGGUGGAGGAAUUUGUGCAGGGAUAUUAAUAGAAAUCCAUAAACAAUAAAGUGUUGUUUUCGAAAUGUA